AUGAAGAAUAAAGAAGGCUGGGACGGCAAAAUGAGAAUGGAGCCAAAGGCCGUUAUCACAAACCCGGAAGCCCUGGAGGAUUCCGAUUACUCGGAUCCGGAUGCGCCCCCGGUCGAGGAGAUUGAGGCGGAUGAAGAUCUUUUGGCAGAUGAGGAUCCAAAUUCAGAGGAUAUCGACCUCGUGCAUUGCCGGAUAUCGUCGAUCUCUUCUCUUAAAUUGGAUCGCUUCCCUAAGCUACAGAGACUAUGCAUGCGCCAAAACCAAAUAUCACGAAUCAACUUCCCUCCCAAUGUCGCGGCCACCCUCACCGAACUCGACCUUUACGAUAAUCUCAUCUCCCACAUGAAGGGCCUGGAGGAGUUCCAGAACUUGACGAGCUUGGAUUUGAGCUUCAAUAAGAUCAAGCAUAUCAAGAACAUCUCCCAUCUCAAGAAAUUGACCGAGAUUUACUUUGUGCAAAACAAGAUCUCACGUAUCGAGGGCUUGGAUGAAUUGACGGCGAUCAAGAACUUAGAGUUGGGCGCGAACAGGAUUCGGGAAAUCGAAAACCUGGAAACGUUAACUGCGCUGGAGGAACUCUGGCUCGGGAAAAAUAAGAUCGUCGAAAUGAAGAACCUGGAUACCCUCUCCAACCUACGCAUCAUCUCCAUCCAAUCCAACCGCCUCACCAAGAUCUCCGGCCUCUCCGUCCUCCCGAAGCUCGAAGAGCUCUACCUCUCCCACAACGCCAUCACCGACCUCUCAGGAUUGGAGUCCAACGAGUCACUGCGUGUACUCGACUUCUCCAACAACCAGGUCUCCCAUCUAGAACAUCUUUCCUCACUAAAGAACCUAGAGGAGCUGUGGGGGUCAAAUAACCAGCUUGCAAGCUUUGAGGAAGUCGAGCGCGAGCUGAAGGAUAAGGAGAAGCUGCAGACAGUUUACUUCGAGGGUAAUCCGCUACAACUGAAUGGGCCAGCUGUGUAUCGGAAUAAGGUGCGCUUGGCCUUGCCGAAUAUCCAGCAGAUUGAUGCCACGUUUGUCCGGGUUUGA